AUGGGCCUUGGUCUGGUCACUAUCUGGAUGCUGUCUCCCGUGGGUGGUCAAUCAUCGUUCCGGCAGAUAAGUUUUGGGUCAAGUGGGAUAUUGGAAGAUGCAGUGGUUUCUUACGUGGUUCCCGGCCCUCAUCCUUGGACUGCUGGUACGAAGGAAGCUACGAACACGACAUCGGGUCGAGAUUUUGAUACGCCACUGAACGGAAAUCUAGAGACGUCAUUGACCAACAUCUACAUGGCUGGCCUAAUCAGUCCAACGACCAAGGACGGCUCUCCACGUGAUGCUUGGGGCCAUGUGAAAGUUCCACGGAUUGAGAGCUACGAGAAAACAGUUAUGAACGACCAUGAAGGCUGGUACAAGAUACAAAACAGCACCGUGGAAAAUUUCUCUUCUUUCAUUGGCAUACCGAUAAGUGGCAUAGACUCGCCGGGUUUCAUCGACUACGCUACCAGGAUUGAGGCUGUGUACUUCAAUCUGGAUUGUUCCGAGGUAUCUUCGGGUCAACAGUUCCUAUUUAAUGCAUCUUCCUGGUUAGGGGAUUUAAGGUGGAACGAAAAUAUGAAGGAAGGUGCUCACUGGUCUCCGGAGGAAGAUCUCGCACCGGUAACCUUUGUUCUGGUCACACCAGCCGACAAACCAGUCGGCCCAGAUCUAAGUUAUUUCAACUGUACCAUCAGCUCGACCUACGUCGAAGUAGAGAUCGCGUGUCCUACGUAUUCUACCUGCUUCGCAGACCGUGUUCGGCGCUCUCGUCUUCCAGUACCACCCGCAGAGUAUAUGAGAAUCGAUUGGGAAACCCUCAUCAAGUCCAACUCGAGCCCUCUCUCCGAACAGUAUCUGAAGGUACCGAAGGACCUUAGCGGUACGAUUACCGAUGAAACCCCUGUACCGCAUGCAGAUACGGUCGCGAUACGUCUAAGCCAAAUGCUUAAUUCUUAUUGGGCCGUGAUGAAUAUAAAGAAUGUCAUCAUCGGUAGCUUCAACGUUCAGACCACCGUAGUAGAUCGUAACAUAACUUGGGAUCACCAAGCCAAGUGGCAAAUCGAAGUAAAACCGGAAGUGUUGGAUGUGCUCUCCCUCGCAAGAGUAUGGACAAGCAAAGCUACGAAGAGCAGCAACGUGGAGGUCUUCCAGGCCCAUGUAGGCUGGGUCCUCGCUCUCAUCGUUUCUUCGGUCGUCCUGAUCACGGCCAGCGUGAUUCCCUUUUUCAUCCGGACGUACCUUCUACGCGGGCCGGAGAUACUCAUGAACUUUUCCAGUCUGGCAACACGAGAUAAUCCCUAUCUACGUCUCCCGGCGACGGGUACGUAUCUCGACGCUGCAGACAGAUCGCGCUAUCUCAAAGACUUGCGCAUACGAUUCGGGGAUGUGGAGGAAGGCGAUGAAACUGGAAGGUUGGCGAUCGGGCGAGCUGGUGGGGAGGUUGCGUCGCUGAGGAGGGGUAGGCAGUACGCAUAG